AUGCCAAUAACUUAUAUGGUUGGGCAAUGUCGCAAUAUUUACCAAUCGGUGAAUUUAAAUGGCUAUCAACAAAACCUUUGGAAGCAUCUCAUCCUUUAAUGCAGAAAAUUUUAACAAUAAAAGAAAAAUCAAAUCAGGGAUGUUGCUUAGAGGUUAAGUUAACAAUUCCUAAAGAUUCAAAACAAAAAGAAUGGGCAGAUAAACAACGUUCAGAUACAGAAAAACUUAUUCUAACUCUCCAUGAUAAAGAUUAUUAUGUUAUUCAUUACAGGAAUUUACAACAAUGUAUAAGAGAAGGAUAUGUUCUCAAAAAAGUAUAUCAGAUUCUAGGAUUUGAUCAAUCACCAUGGAUGAAACCAUACAUUGCAAUGAAUACACAAGGAUGUGAGAAAACGUGUAAAUAUAGAUUUAGUGAGACAGUAGCUGUAUAUCAAAGGCAAAUUAAUGUAAAACUUAAUAAACCUGAAUAUAUAAAAGCAUGCAUUCUCGAUCUCUCUAAAUAUUAUAUGUAUGACUUUUGGUAUGGAUAUCUUAAAAAGAAAUAUGAUGAUAAAGUAAAACUUUUAUAUACUGAUACAGAUUCUCUAAUCAUAGAAAUUGAGAUGGAAAAUAUAUAUCAAGACAUAAUCGAUGAUUGUGAUUUAUUUGAUUUUAGCAAUUAUUCUAAAGAUCAUUGGGUAGUAAAAAAUUUACCUAAAGAUCAAUGGAUAAUUAAUGAAGAAGGAGUUCAUGCAAAAUGCUAUAGUAUUAUAUGUGAAAAUUCACGAAAAAAUAUGAUCAAGGCUAAAGAUCUAAAAAAGUCUUUUAUUAAGAAAGAGCUUACCCAUAAAAUAUUCGAGGACUGUAUUUUAGAAGGAAAAGAGGAUCAGCCACGAACUGCACAAUUCCUCUGA